AUGCUACCUGGGUUUGGACCGCCGCACACAUCGCUAGAUGUCGUCGGGGCGUCUUCUGCCGAUUUACUCGCAUGCUACCGUAACCAAAAACGAACGUCACCAGAAUUACCAGCUGUCAUCCCAUUCGAGCGUUCCGAUCUACCGCAUAAGCGCGAAGCACCCCAGCAUCCGACCAGUACUGGGCCUACCGGUACUAAAGCACCCCUGGAUCCUACCAGUACUGAGUCUACUGGUACUAAAGCACCCCUGGAUCCUACCAGUACUGAGUCUACUGGUACUAAAGCACCCCUGGAUCCUACCAGUACUGAGUCUACUGGUACUAAAGCACCCCUGGAUUCUGGCAGUAGUGAAAAUGGGACGCCACCACGACCCGUGCUCAACCGAUCGAUGCACCUACGUGUCGAGCUGCUGUUGCCUGAUUUCACCAGGAGCUUUGAAGUUGAAUACCAUGCAGAGUCGAGUACAGCGCGCACUACAGUGGAGAACUCGUCCACCAUCUACCGGGGUCCGGUCGGGCAGGGCCAAAUUCAGUUCCUGAAGAUUGAGAUAGACGCGACAAGCGGAGCCCCGGUACGCCGCUGCACGAAGUCCCCCGCGCUCCCUGCUAGCACUGCGGAUAACUCCAUCCCUGGUCUUCCUAACUUGGAGCCCUUCAAGUUUGUCGGUUACAAAACAGAAGAAGGCCGGCAGGUUGAGCAUUGGCAGAACGUGUUGAUCGGCAAGCCGGGUGACUACGGCGCGGCGCGGGGGGAGUCCCUUAACUACACACACGACUUCUUUGUGUACAGGGAGGGAGGGGACGCAGUGCCGCUCAGAUACAAAGUGACAACCGACAGCUCAGUCCUAGGCGCCGCCAGCGACACCUACACGCACCGUUACAUACUACUGCCACCCCCCACCGCCCCCCUCACACCCGACGUGGCCCUCUGUGAUGACGUGCAAGAGUACCAAGAUGGCCGACGCCGGCGCAGAGCCACUCUUAGUAGGGAGGAGUUCAUUUGGUUGGUCAACGCGAAGAAGGAGCAAGUUGACGAACACAGGAACAAUGAUUUAAAGCCGGAAUCGGAAGAAAUCGUUUGGUCGUACUAA